AUGUUGAUAAAAGACCGUGCAAUCCCAAUUGACUCUGUUGUUGUUGUUAUUGGUGCCAAUGGAUUCAUCGGCCUGGAGACAUGUGAGAAGCUUCUGCAAGCUGGAUAUAAGGUCAGAGGAACCGUCCGAGAUGUAGACCAGAAUUCUGCCUGGAUGCAUCAUCUCUUUGAUGAGAAGUGGCCUGGAAAGUUCGAAUUGGUCCCCGUGGUCAACUUUGAGGAGAAGGGCGCUUUCGACGAAGCAUUUAAAGGAGCCGCGGGAGUUAUCUACGUCUCGACGCCAGUCAACUUCCAACCCGAUCCCGCAAUGGUUGUCGGUCCAAAUGUCAGAUCCACGAUUAAUACUUUAGAGGCUGCAGCCAAAGCAGGAGUCCAGCGGUAUGUGCUGAGCUCUAGUUCGAAAGUUGUUGAGACUACCAGAUAUGAUGAUAUACCUCGCCGGCUCACGGCUGCGAUGUAUAAUUGGGAUUGCCUUGUGAAGACUUCUUGUGGGCCGAGGCAUGACUCGUUUGAGUGGCUGUUAGAUGUAUAUAGUGCCGGAAGGACCACUGCAGAAAUAGCUUUCUGGUCUUGGAUUUCUGCGAACAGGCCCCCAUUUGUCGCGAGUUGUGUCGUUCCAGACGGGAACUUUGGUCGUGGUCUGAACGGCGCGACAUCGAGCAACCAGAUGCUUAAAGCGGCCUUGGCUGGUCAAUGGGACUCUGUUCCUAUGCCUCUGGGCUUCCUAUGUGACGUGGAGGAUACGGCCCGGUUGCUAGUCGCUGCAACUGCCAAAUCUUCCCUUUCAAAUGAACGUAUAUUUGCAUAUUACAAGCAUUUGACUUGGGAUGACCUUCGCCAAAAGGUUCGCAGAAUUCGACCGGACCUUGUCAAGGGCGAGGACCAGCAUUUGCAGGGGAAUUAUCUCUCGAGCGCUACGGAUGAGGUCAAUCGGGCAGAGGAGAUCCUAAAAGAAAUUGGGCAGUCAGGGUUCACCAGCGAGGAUAUCAUGCUGAAAAGCUUUCUACAGACCUGCUUCCAGCCGGAUUCCCUUUGUUAG